ACCUCUUGUAAACACACCCAUAUGCGCGCGCAUACUGAUUUCUAGCCCCGACUCAGUGAAUGAUAGCGGCGGCCAUGGCAGAGGGCGCAAGUAGUUCGCCCGGCCGGAGUACGCGCAUGUCGCGCAAUGCGGCUUGCACCCACUGCCGUACCUCCAAGGUGCGCUGCAACCCCAGCUCCAUCGCCGGCCGGCCAUGUCAGCGCUGCACGAAGCUCAACCUCUCAUGUGUCGUCAAUCCCACAUGCCGCCGCAUCACACGCAAGAGCCAACUUGAUCAGCUUGCCCGCGAGGUGCAAGCCAUCAGGGAGACCGUGGUGGUAACAGACAGCAACCAUAGACAGCCAGCACUUCAGACACCAUCAAGCCCGGGCACCUGGUCACCGAGAGUACAGGAUACCAAUGAGGCUUCGUUGUCCAGUGUUACACCAGCUUUCUCUGCCACUGCAUCAGAGCACAAUAGUCGUCGCGAUGACAACGCUGUCGACGUCCUCGACGACGAUGUACGAGUCAUCUCGACAGCAGUGCCCAGUCUACACAGAGCGCUCGACUCACAGCCCUUUACCGGGCCAGAGAUUGAUGAGCAUUUCAAUGUCUACUUUCGCUAUUUCCAUCCCCACUUCCCCAUCCUCAGCCAACGCGACCCAAACAAGUGCUAUGACACGAGCCCCUUUCUAUUCUGGGUCAUCGUUCUCAUCUCUUGCCGCCGUCAGCCCACACACACCAACUCUGCUACGACCCGCCUUCUCACAGAGCACGUGAAGCACGAGACUGAUGCCGCUGUCCCCAAGGUGCCUCAGCCUCUCGCCCAAUUGCACGCCAUACUCCUUGUUGCCGCCUGGGGGUUGUAUCCGGGUGUUCGUUUCAUCAAUGAUCCAGCCUACUGGCUGAGUGGCAUUGCUAUCAACUCGUGCCUGCUGCUUGGCUUCAACACGGCUUCCGGCAGGCACCCGGAGUAUAGUCAUGUUACUCUUGCCACCACUUCAUCCAGUAUCGAAGCUGCUGUCACAUGGGCAGCGUCUAGUAUCUUGAAUCGAAGAUUGUCAACCAACCUUGGCCUCCCAUGCACGGCUCCAACGAACAAGGCCACGAUGAACAUGAUCCAUGAAGAGGCUAGCAUUCUGCCCGUCAACUUUCUCGUACAGCUCGAAUGCCAGGUCUUCAUGGACAGAAUUAAUAAGACGCUAGGCUCUUCUCUUGAAGAGUCCAACGGAGUGCCACGUGAGUUAGUCCGCAUUUUCGAAGAUGAAUGGGCCGUAGCUCGAGCACGAAUCAUCGCCAAACACACGGAUCCAGUAUUAUCCCUCCACACUCUAUUUGUUCUUCUCGAGGUCCAGAUGUACUAUUUCCUCCUGAUGCCAACCCAAAACAGUCAAUCAUCCACCGUCGUUGGCUCACUCAGCGGUCGAGAUAAUCUACCUCCCUCCACCGAAGCUGACAUCCUGCGAUGCUACACUACGGCGUCAGCCGUUAUUACUAGAGCAAUAGACCUCGACGAGACGACAAAUUUCCUGCACUACCUUCCGCACUACACCGUCCGCCCCAUUGCACAUGCCAUCACCGUCAUCUUCCGCGUCAUCCGCUCCGACCUGCCUCUCAGACACUUGCAGAUCGUCGUCCCCGAGGAAGCCGCCAAGUUAUCCGCUCAUUCAAUCACAGUCUUGCGCCGCGUCUCAGCCGUCGAAGGGGAUCUGGCUUGGCGGCUCGCGCGGUGCGUCGAGUUGUGGGACGUGACAAGCGCACCGUACUUCGCCGCCGCCGCCGCUGCUGCCAAUCCUUCCAAUGCAGCAACGGGCAACGACAACGAGAACAACAACAAUAGCGACCCAGCUGCCUCAGCUGGAGCUGGUCUAGACUAUGAACCUGUUCUCGUCGAGAUGUUCCGCCAGCGCAUGAUAGCAGCCUUAGGGUGGGAUUUUAUGAUCCGCUGGAAAAGCAAGCACGGCCCCGUGUAUAUGGGACCGUAUAAGCCACAGCCUCAGACGCAAAAUCUGGGAAUACAGGUCGGUGCGGGCGAGGCUGGUAGUCACAACCAGCAGGCGCCAUCGGCAAGCUCUACCGGAACUAGUGGUCCUGUCAACAACAGGUGCCAGGGUACGUCUAGCGGUCCUGACGGUGGUCCUACUAGGUUCCAAGCAGUCCAGCAGGACCAGCAGCGUUUUCAGUCACAGCAACAGCAACAGCACCAGACCGGCGUGCCAGCGAAUGUCAGUGGCGCAACGGUGCCGCCAGGCGAGACGGAGCCCUCUCUCCCUUCUACCGGAACCAUGGGUAUGGACUCUCUGCUUGGAACUGACUGGGGAUUUCUUGACGACUUCAUUUGCGGGUUCGAUAGUCAGGAUUUGUAAUCCGACUUCUUCAAAAGCGGUGAAUCCAACCAUUCGCCAAAGUCUAACAGUACAGCGCCACCGAAGGGCUCACCAUCAGAGA